GCUUGUGAUGCCCUGAUAUGAUGGAUUUGUUUUCUAUUAUCUGCAGUGCAAGGAGCGUUUUUUGGGUUAAGAGAUGAAACUUCUGGUCUGAUACCAACUCAUCUGCCAAAGUUGAAGGUGGGGUAAAUUUAAUAAUUUAUCCAACUUUCUGUGCUGGAGAUAGGACAGUUUAGGCAUCAUCAUACUUGAUUAAAUUCAAGUAUAAACAAAUGGAAGAACAGGCAGAGCCAUCUUCAGUUCAAGCUGGAAGUUCAGAUGGGUCUAACACAAGCAGCUCACCCCUUGUCAGUUGUGUCCGGAAGCUGUUGUACCGACAAAUGCUGGUGGGCGUCAAUGAUGGCCGGUUCUUCUUGGGUGCUUUUCACUGCAUUGAUAAGCAAGGCAACAUCAUUCUCCAAGAUGCAGUGGAGUACCGUAGCACAAGACGCUCCUCACCUUCCCCAAUGGAGCAAAGAUGCCUUGGCCUCAUUCUCAUUCCAUCUUCAUGCAGGUCCUCUUGUCAUGUGGAUUGCUCUAUCGAAGAACAAUUGUCUCUCUUAUCUCUUGAGAAAUAGCAGAAAUGAUCCUUUUUUAUUUUUCUCUCACUUUGGCUUACCACCCAAGAGUAAGACCAUUCACUCUUCCUUAGUCCAUUGAUAUUGCGAAAUA